CGGAAGAUGCGCGGCCGGAAAGCGAAGGACUUGGUUUUCCUCUCGCCCUUGCUGGCUGGGCGGUACUAAGUGAGGAGUCAAUCCUGCAGGGAAGUCAUGGCGCUGGCUUCGCGGCUGUGGCGCUUUCGUCCUUCGGGGCGGAAUGCAGCCCCGGGACUUGGGCUUCCGAGGCGGGUUACCGGCGGGCGCGGAACGUGUAUGCAAGGACGCAGCGGCUCAGAGGUAGCUGCUGAGUUCUGGCUCACGGGGAGGGCGCGUGCUGGCCACCGAGGCACACAGGUGAUAGGAAACCCACCAACUUUCAAAAGAAGCCUUAUAUUCUCAGCCUUGUCUUAUUUGGGUUUUGAAACUUACCAACUUCUUUCUUCGGCUGCUGUGGUUUAUGCCACAGCCAAAGUCUUCAGAGUUGAAGAAAUACUCCAACAAGCUGAUUACCUCUAUGAAAGUGGAGAAACGGCAAAACUCUAUCAGUUGCUGAUCCAGUACAAAGAAAGUGAAGAUGCAGAGUUACUGUGGCGUUUGGCUCGGGCAUCACGUGAUGUGGCUCAGCUUAGCGGAACCUCAGAAGCGGAGAAAAAAGUCCUGGUAUAUGAAGCCCUAGAGUAUGCAAAAAGAGCACUAGAGAAAAAUGAAGCAAGUUUUGCAGCUCAUAAGUGGUAUGCCAUCUGUAUUAGUGAUGUUGGAGAUUAUGAAGGCAUCAAGGCUAAAAUUGCAAAUGCCUAUGUUAUCAAGGAGCAUUUUGAGAAAGCAAUUGAAUUGAACCCGAAAGAUGCUACCUCAAUUCACCUAAUGGGCGUCUGGUGUUACACAUUUGCUGAAAUGCCUUGGUAUCAAAGAAGAAUUGCCAACAUGCUAUUUGCAGCCCCUCCCAGCUCCACCUAUGAGGAGGCCUUAGGCUACUUUCAAAGGGCAGAGCAAGGCUUUGUGUUGACAUUUUUCCCUCAGCCAACAACAAUGUUCUCCACUUUUCUGUUUGAAACCCUAUUCGGCCUCCCAUUCAGCCCAGUGGAUCCAAACUUCUACAGCAAAAACUUGCUUCUUUUAGGAAAGACAUAUUUGAAGCUACAAAACAAAAAGCUUGCUGCUUUUUGGCUGUUAAAAGCUAAGGACUAUCCAGCACACACACAGGAAGAUAAACAGAUACAGGCAGAAGCUGCUCAGCUGCUUACAGGUUUCAGUGGCAAGAAUUGAGAAUUUUUCAAAGAGAGAAACACCUGAAAUCUAGGAAACCUGCCUUUUCAUCAAAUUAUAUGUAUGUUAACCAUAACUGUUCUGUGGCUGUUUUUUUUUAAUGUGACCAUUUAACAAAUAUACAAAAUUCUAGUUUCUUCACAAAGAACAAGUCAAAAGAGAUAAUUGCUGUUAGGGUAGAGGUGUCUCCAUUGCUCAGGGGGUGGUUACCAUGUGUCUGGGACACUAGCAGUUCUAGGUGGUGUGGCAUUUGAGGACUGAUCACAUGGGAGGGAGGGGAGCAGGAAGGAAAGCCCAUGAGGAGAGGCAAAUGAGGGUGCAUUUUCAAGUUGGACUGGUUCCCAGUUGAAAUCUUGCAGAGAGGGGGCAGUGCAAGUAAGGUUGGGGAUUGAGCGAUCUGGGUGUAAAGCAGUUAAAUGAUGUAUCUGGGAGCCAGGCUGCCUCAGGAGGGAACUGGAAAUGAGUGAUCUCUGUGUGUGAUGUGACUUUGUCUCAAGUUGGUUGAUCUAGGACUUGACAGAGCCCAAGUUCUGUUACUUUAUGGGUUGAAAGCAAUGCAGAACUUGAGGGAAAAGUGGAAUGUAAGAUGUUUGAAUAGGCAGACAAUACUGCUUCUUUGGGGCUGGAUGCCACCCUGCAAAGUCCAAAGCUUGUAAAAAAGGAUGAUUUUGGAUGUGAGAGUGUAUGUGUGGGGAGCUCCUCAGAGGGUCUGGUGUCACAGUGGGGAUCUGGGGAGGGGAAUGAUGUGCUGUAUCUUAUGUGCGUUCUCAGACACAAAAGAAAAGAAAGCAGUGCCCUUGCCUUUCUCUGUGUGUGUAGUCAUGUAUAUUCCUGGUACUUGAAAUUAACUGGAGAUGACAUAUUUCAUCCCUAGAUACCUCAUCAUCUCAUAAUGCAGCCCUGUUUCACAAAUCAAUGAUCUCAACUAGAAAUCCAAUUCCUUAUUAUCAUCUCAUACCCAGUUCUUUAAAUUCCUCAAGUGUCCCAAAAUGUCUUAUGUUCUUAAAAACCAAGAUGCAAGUGUUGUAUAUUACAUUUGGAGAGCACUCCCCCAUCUUUUCUUCCUCUCUGUGACUGUGAAGCAGCCAGGCCAGUUGUCUGAGAUCACAGGGGGCAAACACACGGCCUGGGGCCAGAAUCCAGCCCUCCACAUUGUUUUAUCCAGCCCAGUACCUUGUUUCUACCUGGUGGCACUGCCAACCUCCUUGCCCCUAGUUAAGGAGUAGUUACAUUUAUUUAUACAGUCCUCAAAUUACUUUCAGCCCUUUAAAGGCAACCUCAAGGCUGAUGUGGCCCCCCAGUGAAAAUGAGUUUGACACUCUUGAACCCACUUUUGAGAACCACUGGCCUACCUGACUUUCAAGGACCCACAGUUAAUUAUGUUGGCUCUUCUGUGCCCAACUUGAUGUUUAUCACUUUCAUUUAGAGUAACUUAGAAUGUUAUUUUCUGGAGAUGAAUUAGCAGGUAAUCAAAUGGGAGGUAAGAGGUUUGAGUAAAUGCUGUCUCCUGAGUGAUUUGUGUGUGUGAAGAAGGGAAAGGGAGAAACGUCAGAUUGUUGUUCCACUUAUUUAUUAAUUCAUUGGUUAAUGCCUGUUUGUGCUUUGACUAGGGAUUGAACCUUCAUCCUUGGUGUAUUGGGACAAUCCUCUAACCAACUGAGGUACCCGGCCAGAGCUAAAAUGUGUGUUUUUUAACUUUGAAAUAAUUAUAGAUUCAUAAUAAGUUGCAAAAACUAAUUAAUAUGGGGAGGUCCUGUGUGUCCUGCCCUGCUUGCCCAGUAGUGAUGUAUAACUGUAACACAGUCAGACCCUGUUCAGAUCGAUCCACUUUGAAGUGUUAUUUGUGUAUGUGUGCAGUUUUGUCACCUUGGAGACUUCAGUGACUGUCCUAGAUUCCUUACCAUCACCAGGCUCCAUGGUGCUGUCUGUUCAGUCAUACUCACCUCUCCAUCUAUCCUGAUCUGUCAUCUAUAAUUUUGUCAUUUCAGGAGAGUUAUAUAAAUAGAAUUCAUAUAGUACCUGACUUAUUGAGAUCCAUCUAAGUUCAGUCAGUCAGUAGUUCAUUUCUUUGUAUUGUUGACUGUUUCAUUGUGUGGGUAUUCCCAUUCAUUUAACCUGAAUCUAUUGGAAGGCAGUUAAGCCAUGGUAAUCUUUGGUGCUGUGAUCAUUAGGUACAUCUCGUAUCUCUGGGAUAGACGCUUAGGAGUGCAGUCAUUGAGCCUAUUGCAGAGCUUUUGUCUUCUCCCUGUAACUAAGGGGCAGCUCCCUCCUCUAGGACAUGGCACCUUCCAGGGUUCUAUGCACUUUCUCAGUCUCUGCCUUUUGACUCCCAGGAGUAUGAUGCCCCAGGUCUUCCUUUGGGUUAGACCUGCUUUGGGACUUCUGGAGCCCAGUCUGUCCCCCUUCCUAUGCAGCCCCUCUAGGCUCCUGUCCCAGCACUGACUGCUGUUUUAAGAUGCUUAUUUUUCCUCAUUUCCCCUCCUGUGUGUGUACACAAAUGUUUGUGUUCUGUCUUGUAAGCAUUACAGACUGGCCGGGUGGUUACAAGGACCUCCUUGUGGACGUUUCCUUUUUUGAGGCUGUGACAAGAAAGCUGAACUUGGAAAUUGGCUACUAUCCUGUGAGAACCCAGAAGCUCUCAGUUAACUUCUUGUUGGCAGUUUUCCCAACUGAGUGUUUAAUUAUAGACUGUCGACUUUGUAAAAUGACUUUUCUCAGACUCUACAACAAAGAAAACACCCAAUUCCUGGAGUCAGGAGGUACCAUGAAUAUCAGUAUGUACAUUAAAUACCAUGGCCUUCUGAUUGCAUUCUCCUUUGUGAAAAUUGGGGAGAGUAAAGUUGGAAUUUAGUAGGAGAUACCACUUUUGGACUUGUCUUUGUUGGUAGAACAUUAUUUUGGUGGCAGUUUUUGCUUUUGUGCAAGCUCACUCUAGACACUUUUGGCCUAUGCUUGGGCAUCACUGUGAUAACUUUGGCAAGGCCCAUGGAGUUCAUGUGACAAAUGUCCUGCACUCAGCAUUGGACUGUGGUCUUGUGACUGGAGAGUGUUGAGUAGAUGCAGAAGAGCCUCAAGAAGGUAAAAUGCCCUCUGAUGAGGUCACCUGGGGAUGUGAUCCGCCAAGGGAAAAGCAAAGAACACAAGUUUGGCUUUUAAGUUCAGUGGAUUAAGAAGAGUAUGUGUGUUGAAGGGGGGUGAAUUACAAUGUCAGUGUCGCUGACACAUGCCACCCUAUCUGCCUCUGAGGAUCAGAAGAGCUGGGUAGGUGGGCAAGCCAAGGCUGCAGGUUAACAGUUUUUCCGACCUUUCAGUUCUAACUGCUGAGGAAGGACAGAGA